CGCCAGCCCUUGGCGUCGCUGGCCCGCCCCCUCGCCUGCCAGCUCCAGCCCCGCCCCCAGAGCAGAGGCCGCUCACUUAGCUCCAGGCAGCGCGACUGCGGGGGGCGCACGACCAGGGCUUGUUGCCUUGGGGCGCGCAGCCCAUGGAGUCGGGGCUGCUGCGACCCGCGCCGGUGAGCGAGGUGAUCGUCUUGCAUUACAACUACACCGGCAAGCUCCGCGGUGCCCGCUACCAGCCUGGAGCGGGGCUGCGCGCCGACGCCGUCGUGUGCCUGGCGGUGUGCGCGUUCAUCGUGCUCGAGAACUUGGCCGUGCUCUUCGUGCUCGGGCGCCACCCGCGCUUUCACGCGCCCAUGUUCCUGCUCUUGGGUAGCCUGACGCUGUCGGAUUUGCUGGCUGGAGCCGCCUACGCCGCCAACAUCCUGCUGUCGGGGCCGCUCACGCUGCGACUGUCGCCCGCGCUAUGGUUCGCGCGUGAGGGAGGCGUCUUCGUGGCGCUCGCUGCGUCCGUGCUGAGCCUCCUCGCCAUCGCGCUGGAGCGUCGCCUCACCAUGGCGCGCCGGGGGCCCGCGCCGGCCGCCAGUCGGGGGCGCACGCUGGCGCUGGCUGCUGCCGCCUGGGGAGUGUCGCUGCUCCUUGGGCUGCUGCCGGCGCUCGGCUGGAAUUGCCUGGGUCGUCUGGACGCCUGCUCCACUGUCCUGCCUCUCUACGCCAAGGCCUACGUGCUCUUCUGUGUGCUCGCUUUCGUGGGCAUCCUGGCCGCCAUCUGUGCGCUUUACGCGCGCAUCUACUGCCAGGUGCGUGCCAACGCGCGGCGUCUGCGGGCUCGGCCCGGGACCAGCGGGGGCACCUCCACCCGGGCGCGCCGCACGCCACGCUCGUUGGCACUGCUGCGCACGCUCAGCGUUGUGCUCGUGGCCUUUGUGGCGUGCUGGGGCCCUCUCUUCCUGCUGCUAUUGCUCGACGUGGCGUGCCCCGCGCGCGCCUGUCCUGUGCUUCUGCAAGCUGACCCCUUCCUGGGCCUGGCCAUGGCCAACUCGCUUCUGAACCCCAUCAUCUACACGCUCACCAACCGCGACCUGCGCCAUGCGCUCCUGCGCCUCUUCUGCUGCGGCCGGCACCCCUGCUGCCGAGGCCCGGGUAGCUCUCAGCGGUCCGGGAGCACCGCGGGAGCUUCGGGCGGCCUGCGCCACUGCCUGCCCCCGGGUCUGGACGGCAGCUCAGAGCGCUCGUCGCCCCAGCGCGAAGAGCUGGACACCAGCGGCUCCACCGGCAGCCCCAGUGCGCCCAAGGCCGCCCAGACCCUGGUACCCGAACCGGUGGCAGACUGAUGCCCACACCCACUUUUGUCUUUCCUGAGAGCCGUUUUGCAGAUUUUUUCUUUUUAUAUAAAGGAAAUUGUAGGAAACACAGCCGAAGAUGGUGGAGGCGGAAAAGACGGAGGGGAAAUGUAUUUAUGGACGCUAAACCCCAUAACAGUGAACAGACAAAAAAAUCCUUGCUUUCGUGGAAUUGACGUUCUAGUGGGGAACACAGACAAUAACGGAGUGACAAAAUAAUGGAGAUAAUUCCAAUGACAAUACAGAGAUGGUGAUGGUGGUCAGGGGAGGCCUCUCUGUAGAGGUGGUGACAUUUGGUGUGAGCUGAGAUGUCCUUGUCCUGGGAACACCUAAAGGAAAAGCAUUUUGGGAUGAGGGAAUGGCAAGUGCAAAGGCCCUGAGGCUGGAAUGUGCCCAUGUGUUCUGGGAAAAGCAAGGAUGCCACUGUGGCUGCAGCAGCUAUGGAGUGGAAGGUGACAAAAGAUGGAAGAUGAAGGGGCAGAUGGUGCAGGACCUUGUGCGGCAUGGGGAGGACUUUGCUUUUGUUCAGAGUGAGGUGGGAGCCAUAGAGGGUUCUAAGCAGAGGAUGAACUUGCCCUGAUUCAAGUGUUUGCAGGUGCUCUGUGACCUUUGUGGAGGACAAGGGUGGAAGCAGGUGAACAGGGACUGCACUGGAGCAAUGACAGCGACUCUGAUCGCUCAGACCACGUGGACUUUGAAUAGAUUCUGGAGGCAGCGGACAGAACUGCUGAGGAAUUGGGUGUAACAGUAAGAGAAAGUUGUCAAGGACAACGCCACAGGCAGGGCACCCCAAAAUUUGACUUUGGGAGACCCGGCCAAAUCCUGACAAUAAAAUUUCUUUGAGUGCGUUGUCAGGUCAUAAAAAUAAAAAUAUAAUAAAGUAAUAAGAGCAAUUAUAA